UCAUCAGCAGGCACUGUCUUCACCUUAGUAAAUUUGGUAACUUUGGUAAAAGCACAAUAUUUGGUAUAGAGAUGGCUGCCAUGAUGAAGAUCGGCACCAGGGUCAUGAGGGGUCAAGACUGGAAGUGGAGAAACCAGGACGGAAUCCCCCCCGGUCUGGGCCUUGUGAUUAGUCCGCUGAGUGAGAGCGGGUGGAUUCGUGUGAGGUGGGACAACGGCAAUGUAAACUCCUACCGCAUGGGCCACGAGGGAAAAUACGACCUCAAGCUGGCCGAGCCACUGCCCUCUGCACUGCCCUCUACAGAGCCAGCCAGCGGUAACAGCACAAUUUCUGGUCCAGAGAUGGCGGCCAUGAUGAAGAUCGGCACCAGGGUCAUGAGGGGUCAGGACUGGAAGUGGGGAAACCAGGAUGGCAUCCCGCCCGGUCUGGGCCGUGUGAUUGAUCAACUGGGUGAGAGUGGCUGGAUCCAGGUGAGGUGGGACAACGGCCAUGUAAACAAGUACCGCAUGGGCCGCGAGGGAAAAUACGACCUCAAGCUGGCUGAGCCACUGCCCUCUGCACUGCCCUCUACAGAGCCCCCUAUACGGCCCUCUGCACUGCCCUCUACACAGCCAGCCACCGGAGAUGCUGUUAGGCUUGUUGGUGGGAGCACUAAUUGUUCAGGAAGAGUUGAGGUCUACUAUAACAGACAGUGGGGCACUGUGUGUGAUGAUAGCUGGGACAUGAGAGAUGCACAGGUGGUGUGUAGACAGCUGGGAUGUGGAGGUGCUGUCUCUGCCCCCAAUGAAGCCCACUUUGGCAGAGGCAGUGGGAACAUCUGGAUGGAUGAGGUCCGCUGCUCUGGUUCUGAAGGAUCCCUUACAGAGUGCUCCCAUAGUGGCUUAGGAACACAUGACUGUCACCAUGGUGAAGAUGCUGGUGUGGUGUGCUCAGGAAAUGCUGCUGUCAGGCUGGUUGGUGGGAGCACAAGGUGCUCAGGUAGAGUAGAGUUAAACUAUAACAGCCAGUGGGGCACUGUGUGUGAUGAUAGCUGGGACAUGAGAGAUGCACAGGUGGUGUGUAGACAGCUGGGAUGUGGAAGUGCUGCCUCUGCCCCCUCAAAAGCCCACUUUGGCAGAGGCAGUGGGAACAUCUGGAUGGAUGAGGUCCGCUGCUCUGGUUCUGAAGGAUCCCUUACAGAGUGCUCCCAUAAUGGCUUAGGAAGACAUGACUGUAACCAUGGUGAAGAUGCUGGUGUGGUGUGCUCAGAUAACAGCACAAUAUCUGGUCCAGAGAUGGCCGCCAUGAUGAAGAUCGGCACCAGGGUCAUGAGGGGUCAGGACUGGAAGUGGGGAAACCAGGAUGGCACCCCGCCCGGUCUGGGCCGUGUGAUUGGUCAACUGAGUGAGAGUGGCUGGAUCCAGGUGAGGUGGGACAACGGCCAUCAAUAUAAGUACCGCAUGGGCGCUGAGGGAAAAUACGACCUCAAGCUGGCCGAGCCACUGCCCUCUGCACUGCCCUCUACAGAGCUCCCUAUACGGCCCUCUGCACUGCCCUCUACACAGCCAGCCACCGGUCAGCACCACAGUCUCAGUAAACUCACCUUCACUACAGCUCUGCAGAUCAGUCUCAGAGAGCAGACACCUGCCGCUGCUAGCAUGACGUGGUCAUACAGGAAAAAGGAUCAGGUUCUACAAUAA